AUUCACCUGUCCAACCACACAAUGAGCACAUCUGGCACAUGAAAAUCGUCAUACAUAUGCAGGUUAAAAAGAACCAACCGAUCCUGGUAAGAGUCUUGUAGGCCUAUCAAACCUUUUUGUUUUUCACUUGGAAUUUUGUUAACCGCUUAAGACAAUCUUUUCGUUGCUUGCAGACACAGAGCUCAUGAAAAUUCCGGGUCAGCGACGAUUGAUUGAUUUGUCGAAAACUGAGAAGCGUGUUCGCUCCUAGCGCCCUGCGGCUUACGUAUUGUUAAGUUUCUUAUACAUGACUGGUUUGUUCGGUAGACCACAAACACAAAGGGAAAGCAACGGCUGUGAAGCAGACUAACUAGGCAGGGUAUUGAACGCGGAAAAUAUAUCUUGAGAUCUGUUGCUCUUUCACAAUCUACUUCGAACGGUAAGUCGGGUUUCAUCUUGAAACGAUGGUUCUUGUAACAUUCAGAACGCAUUUAUAAGAUUUUAAACCAGGACUAGUGAGUUAACCUCUGAUUCAGAGAUCCGUUUCGCCCAGCGUCAUUGCGUAUAAAUGGGAGUUUCUAAAUAGCUACAAUAUGGAGUUUAAGUAUUGCGUAUACGGCAAACGGCAAACGUCAGAUUCAAGUUGAGAAUUUCUCAAAAUAGAAAAUGAGCCGAUAAAAACAGCUCAAAACAAUUCUUAUCUACAUGUUGAAAUAAUAAACAGUACGGGAACCUUGGUCACACGGUACAAAUUCGCGUUUGCCGUUCGACGUAAACGUGAUGCUUAACAUCUCCAAUAUCAACUAUACGUCGAAUGUAGUGAUCCAUUUACGGCAGUGCCUAAUCCAAGCGGAAGUCGAAACCAUAUUCGUACAUUUUGAAGUUCCAAGUCAAAUUAUUUACUGAAAGAGCUGAUUUCGUCGAACGUAAUUUCUCAGUUUAGACAUCACAUACAUAAACAACUCGUCGACAGAAUUCGAAAUUAUCUCAUUAGCAUUUAUAUCAACAAGGCUAUAAUAACUUCUGGUUCGCAGUAUAUGGCAAACGGGCGGACUACACAUGUUUAAGUUGGGGAAUUUAGCGAUUAUUUCUUUUGCGUUUUGGCCACUUUUCUAAAUUUUAUUUCUGUAAUGACACACUUACGAGUUGACGGUUGAUUAAUUCAAUGUCCUGAAAUAAAACAAUGCAAUGAAAUUUUUAUUACAUGCAAACCAAAAAGAGACGUGCUCCCAUGCAAACUACCCUCAUUACCGUCCUUACGCACAACUUCGACGUGAAUUGGCCAAAUUUUAUGUUUAUUGAGAACAGGAAGUGCAAGGCAGCAAAUUCUACCAUUUCUGUGAGAACUCAAGCGUGGUCACGUCCAAAAGCUAUUAUACAUUCUGCAUUUAUAUUCCUGAAUAGCCUUCAUUUUUUCUCGGCAUGCAGUUUCUUGGUGUUGCAGCGGAAACCAUUGUUGGUUGGCUUGUGUGUUGUGCUGGGGGUAUUGUUCAAUGUCUUCUCAAUGUUUUGUUAUAUGCCAUUUGGCGAUAGCAACGGUCCGCGACAGCGAGAAACAACAAAUAUUUUAUUUGUGUUUCAUUACCUUUUUCUGCAGAAUGUCGCGCUCAUUUCUCUCUAAAGGCUGUGUCUUCACUAGAUUCUUAAUUGCAAUUGUUGGUUUACAAAACACAAACCUUACACGUACACUAGACCUAUUCUUCAGCAGCUCCCUGUAUGAGCGCGUUAUGCUAAUUUUCCUAAUUUGUUCUCUUCAUAUUACUUUAUUCCCAAGUGAGUGCGCAUUAUAUGUAAGAUGGCUGAAUAUUGGCCAAGUUGAUCAGGUCAAUAAAAAUGCAACAAUGAAGGAGGAAAAAAAUCUAACCAUCUUGAGCGAACAACCUUGCUGGUCAAUAAAGGAUUCAUAAUAAUGGACGAAAAGAGGACUUUUUUCGUGGGGCCAACUCGGAAAAUCCUGAGCAGUCCAGAUGGGAUUAUCUUGCCCGCUAAGAUACAUAAUAAAGCGACUUACGCUAGUAGUUUGUAUAUUGCAGUUUGAAUGCGUGGCACGUUGUUGCUAUGUCGCUAGCAGUUAAAUCCAGAUUUCCUAUUUUCAUUGUCGUUUUUAUAUAUAUUUCGUCAAUCGCAUUUUCCUGUGUAAGUGUGGGGGGUACAGAUUUUGUAGGAAUAGACCAACAGGACUUGACAGUUUAACUUGGUCUAAUCUUCUUCUGUGUAGCAGUGACGAGCUUGACCAGAACUAAAACUGAAUAUAUCCUAGCUUACAGAGUGCUUAAGAAAGAGCGAUAGCAUUCAUGUGUGAAAAAUAGGUGUUUAGGAGUGUUUAUAAAUAUAGGAUCAAAAGAAACCGUAAUUGAACUGUUUCCGGCUGCUGCUGUGAAAAUUUUGCAUUGAAAUCGCUAGUCAGAAUGGUGAAAUUUUUCCGAGAUUUAUCAAAAGAGUAAAAUUCUCUUAAAACUGAUUCAACUUGGAACAGAGAAAUUAAAAGGUGUCAAGGCGCGUAGCUCAACCCAAGUUUUUAAUGAGUUGGAGAAAACUGAUUAUUAUGCGAACUUCGAAGUAGAAGUGUGAACGAACGUACCACUUGAACAAACGAAGAUCGUAACCAAAAUUACUUAUUAUUUCGAUAUCGCAGCUGCAAACGCCUUUCCAGGAAGGGAAUUUGGUUUCUAAUAACACUUACGUUCGUAUCCUGAAGACAGUCUGUGAAGAUAGUUUUAAGGAGGUCUCAGAGGUGUUAUAAAACUUUGAUUGAAAACUAAAUUGCAAAACACUAACUGAGGACCAAAUUUUCUCGUUACUAAGAAUUACCGCGCAACAACUUUUUUUUAAAUUAACCUUUUGUUUAUUUAAUUUAAAGACUUGAAGUUGAACCGGCACUUCUCGACGACCGGAAAUACGUCUGCUGUUCGCAGGCUAUUCGAGGUGGUCCUUAAUGCCACUAUAGCUCUACCCAACAACCCGACGUCAUGUUUGUGUUCUUGUUUUGAAAGCGCGAUGAAGUAAUAAAAUAAAAUGAAGGAGAGUUGUGAAAGUUGAAAAAGAAACUAAAAAAUGUGCGACUACAUAAGUCGUAAGUUUUAGUAUGUGCUUUGCCUUUCAGAACCGUAUUUUUUUAUCUGUUUUUCUUCGUGCAGCCAUGAGUUAACUUAUGGUGAAUAAUUCAGUAAGUCGUGGUAAAAAGAUGUGUAACGUUAGCCAGCAGUCUGGGUUGGUUGGUUUAGUUAUUCCAGAAAAAUCGACAUCCCUUCCGCCCCCCCCCCCCCUCUCCCCGCAAUGGAAGCCACAAUAUUUUUAUCCCUUAUUACACUCUGAUUUCCAAAACUUGUUGAUGAGCCCCCCUCUCCUCAGUAUUUUUAAGUUCAAAGAGACCUCACCCCCCCACUCCCAUCCAGAUUGUUAGAUGCCAUAAUUUUCAUAGCAGAAGAAGGUUCUGUUAGAUGACCCUUUUAUUAAAUAACUCUAAAAUUAAUUUAAUUUCUUUGUGAACUUUGUGUUUGUUGUGAAAGUUAAUUUUUUUUUUCAUUUUCUAAUUGUCUUACGCAUUUUACAAACCAGCUGAUGUUUGAGAGAACUUCUCUUGUUUUCUAAACCAACCAAAAUAUACAGCACGAUGCACAUUACAAUUGACUCAAGAGGUAAUAUGUAAUCUGUACCCCCACAUAUUAGAGGUGAUAUACAGAUGCAAUGACUACAUUUUAAUUCAGUCGUAUAGCCAUUGCAACUUAGUAGUCAAGAACUGUAAUAAAAACAUUUAAUUUAAACUAGUAAUUGCCUGAACAUACUUCGUGAUCCUUUUGUUUUACUUUGCCAAGUUGACAUUUUAGCAUGCCCACAUUAAUUAACACGUUUCCUGUGCAUUUUAUUAAUGAGCUAUCCUUAUGGUGUGGUGAGGUCAUUACUGGUACUUGCGUGAACAUGUUUCGCAUAAAUUAAGCAGGUUUCCCGCGCAUUUUAGUUAUGAGCCACAAAUUGGCUGGUACUUAGCUGGUACUUGUCCAGGCCGAAAAUGCUGGGACAACACUACUGUUAUUGACCUUUUAAUCUAUAUUCUUUGAUUAGUUAGAGAACGAGCCGAUGAAUUCAAAAUGCGGGUGAUCUUUAAAAUUGACAAGGUUGCAAUAGACACAGUGCAAUCAGUUGAAUGAGGCCCGUCUAUCGGUAUGGGUUGAAAAAAUGCGUUUACAAUAUAUCAGUCUACGUCAAGGGCGGCCCUGAGAACGCCUUUCGGCGUCUAGUUUCCAUUGUUUCAUUUCAAUCGCCAUCAACCCAACAAGACCAUUGUCCCUCCAACGCAAUUCUGUUUUUUUGUCCUCAGUACCAGCCACUCACAAGACGUAACGUACAUCUCAAGUUUUUGUAAGUGCGAGUAUCGUGGCAAUAGAUAAUAGAGUUCAGUGAAUAACAACGUACGCUGUCUUUGAAAAUCGUCGGUAUACACUGUAGUUAUAACCUUGAAAUCUUCAACCUUGAAAUCUUCAACGUUGCGAGACAUCGGUUUCUUGGUGAUCUCAGACAGGUAAUUCUGAGCCUUAAUAUUCGUCAAUAUCGUUCAAGCGUUCGCCAGCUUUGGCCAAAGCAGUCAAACUGUUUCUAACUUAUCAAUUCUACCCCGGUCAGUAGUAUUCUAAAAGAACGUCUGGGAGAGUAAUAUCAAGGGCAACCGAAAUACUGCGUCAAAAGUCUCCUCCUCGUCCGCUUGUGGAGUCAGGAAUCCAGAGCUUUGGAAUCCCGAAUCCAGGGCUCAAGGAAUCCCGACUCCAAGAUCAGGAGCACCCAACGAGAAUAUAGUUCAAAACCACUUAAACAUAGCAUUAUUAAACGUAUUUUAGUAUCUAAACGGUAGAUAUCUCGGCAUAUUUUUAUCUCCUAAAAAUUUUUCAUCUGUUCAGAUUUCCUAGCUGAAAGUCUAGUGAUCCGAAAAUUAUAGGGAUUAAAACUUACCUUUUCGAAAAUUUCAGCCAGAAAUUACCUUACCUUAUUAUAGGAAAUUAACUCUCCAUGAUUCGCGUUAAUUUAAGACGCGUGAAUUUUGUUGAGCGAUAAUUUCCGCGACGUUAAUUAAGUGCAGUGUUAAUUUCCGCGCACUUAAUUUCCACUAUUUUAACCCCAAUUUUGGAACCUGUCCAGACAUUCUUGACACCUAAAAAACGUAAUUAACUACAAACUUUCACAAAAGCUAGGGCGAAGGUUUACAAUAUUUCGGUUCAUCUUCAUCGUUGUCACUGUCAGAUGUGAUGUCAUCUCAGUUUUGUUCAGUUUUGAAUUUUUUUGCAUCCAGUGUUGAAAUAAAUUUGUUCUAGUUGUCACCACCGUGUCUUAAUCGCGUUAAUUUCCUUUAUUAUAAAAUUCUACCUCCUCUUUCGAGUUAAUUUUCUUUAUUCGAAAGUCGUUUUCCAUUAAAUUCGCGUUGAUUUAAGUCUCGUUAAUUUCCAAUACCUUUUAUGGAGCGUUAAUUUCCUAUAAUAAGGUAUACCAAUUUUUAGAUGUUCGAAAAUCCUAGGAGAGGCAGACAAGCAAGAAAUUUUACAAAAAAUGUUCCGAUAAUUCUAGAUCUCAAAUCGUGCUUCCAAACAGAUAUUUUCCGAAAAAUGACGUUGGGUGCCCCUGAAAGAUCUACUGAUAAGAAAUACAGAAUCUAGUCCCUAGAAUCCUUAACCCACAGCGUGGAAUCUAGACUGUCAAGACUGUCUUGCAUUCAGCACUACAUGGCACCAUUUAUGAGAUGCCAAAAAUUAAAUUUAAUUACCAUUUUUCUUUUCUCUUUUGUAGCAGUAGUCCAUGUGAAGAAAGCUAUACAACUGACUAGACAAUGGUUUUACGAAGUGUUAGAACAGGUGUUCUCAUCUGCCUUAUUUUAGCCCUCUCCGCCAUGGUGAUACUUAUAUCACAUGUGAUCUCGGGAAGGGGAACUUCGCUACCUUGGUUCUACAAAACCUCCCGAGUCUCAGUUAGCAACCACAGCACCGCAAGACCUGUGACAAACAAAGAGAUCUUAGGGAUAACAAAGCACACCCCAGAUACCUCAACAAGUGUGUUCGUAAGGAUGUCUGGGAAACGACCAGAUCACAGGCAGCGUUAUUUGUGUAACGUUUUCAGGACUUCCGUUCUCUUCUGGCCUCCUUCCUUUGGAAAUUUAGUCGUAGGACUUGAUGAAGAAUCACAAGAGGAUCAUGAAUUUGCCGAAAAAUUAAAAACACUUGCCCAAAAAUACUUUCCUGAUCGUAGACUUGAAUUCUUUUAUGAGGCCCUUCCAAAGGACAAAGGAACUCUGGAGUUUAAAGGCUCGCCUAAGACACCCGGUUAUAACAGACAACUUUGGAGCAGUUUUUUCAUCGACCUACUAUCAAAUGACACCGUCAUUGCUUGGAUGGACAGCGACUCAGCUUUUUUUACCCCAGUAACUAAGUCCACUAUUUUUAAUGGGACAAAGGUACGAGCCUUAGGCUCCGCCUGCACAUUCUACAGGAGCUGGGUAUAUAAAUGGGCAGAUACUACUAAACAGGCGCUAGGAUUACCAUUUGUCGUUGAUUUUAUGACGUAUUUUCCGGUAUAUAUGUACCGAGACACGGUCACUCACUGCAGAGAGCAUAUCCUAAAACAUUUAAAUACAAAUAACUUUGAGGAGGCCUUCAGAAAGUUUUACACGACUUUUAUCUCUCCAGUCAGCAUCAUCCUCUCUUAUGCAUGGUACUUUGAGAGAGAUCGCUACGACUGGAAUUUUGAAAUGUGCACUGACCUAACAGAAUAUAAUAAAAGAUUUCCAAGUGGCCACACCAUUAGGCCCGAAGAUAUAGAAACUGUUCUUUCCGAGCCUCAAACAGGUUAUCAUGGUAACGCUGGGUUGGCUCUCAACGAAAAUGUCUUUACCAGUUAUUGCUUAUCACACAAAGCAGCAGGAAAUAAUUUGGAUAUAUGUUCUAAUCGUUCCGUGUCGCCAAGCGAUAAUUUACUCUUUUUUGUCCACGAUCUUCAGGGAGGUGUUGAUAAGCACCCAUGUAAAGGUGACCUUACCAAUACCUGUUUGCAAGUUCUAGAGCGACAUUAUAACCAAGUCGGACUUGAGAUAAAACAAGGCCGUAAGCUAGAAUGGAGCAGUUUAGAAACUGCCGAU